CGUACGUCUUUCAAUCAAUACAAAUAAUUGAAACGUUUUAAACUACAUAAUAAUAUUCAAUGUAAUAAACAAUUCAUAGUUUUUGUCAACCGUUUAAUCAGAGCCUUCCUAAGGAUUCUUAGGGAUCGGACAAAUUGAUUCGGAGGCCCCUCAAUCAUCACAAUAAUAUACGAGUAUGAUCAAAAAAAUACACCAAGUUUGUAAAGUAUUGGUCAGUGUUAAACCCAUCGCUGCGUUCGCCCAAGUACAAAAUUAUUACAUCGUUUUUGGUACAACUCAAAGAACAGUGAUGAUUUUUCAGUGACGCCGCGUGCAAAACGACAACGACGACGACGACGACGACGGGACACGACAUGCCGGGCGAGGAGAACAGGUUAGCGAUCGACCUGACCGUGUUCAAACUGAUCGGCAUGUACCAGAUGGUGGACCCGGACAGCCCGAAGGUGUGCGGCCGCAACGUGUACGCCUCGGUCAACGUGGCGCUGAUCGUGUGCACGACGGCGAUGACGGUGCUCAGCACGUGCGGGUUCUUCUCCGGCGUGCGCGACACGUUCCGCAACAACGAUUUCGACGUGGUGCUGAUACUGUUCUACUACGUGUGCAUCGGCGUGGGCAACUACAAGACGACGGUGCUCGUGCUGAACGCGGCCGAGGUCUGGACCCUGUUCGGGGUGGCGCGCGUCUCGUUCCUGGGCAACCGGUACUGCACGGGCAACCGUCGCCGGAUGGCCGACCGCGGCGCCUCGCUGUCCCGGUUCUUCGCGUGGUACCUGGCCCUGAUCGUCGUCACGCUCACGUCGUACGCGAUCAUACCGUUGGUGACGAACCACCGGUACGCGGGCCCGACGUCGGCGCCCGGUGGCGGCGCGUACCGCAAGAGCAACGUCAUCAACCUCCGGUACCCGUUCGCCGCGGACACGUACAACACGUACUACCCGGCGUUCUACGCGAUGGAAUGCGCGCUAGCCUUCUACACGGGGUACGGCACGUUCGCGUUCGACCUGUUCGCGUUGACCACCAUGUACUUCGUGUCCGUCCAGUACGAGCUGCUCGCGUCCGCGUUCCGGGCGCUGGAACGCGGCGCCGACACCGGCACCGUCGACGAUUGUUCAUUAUUGAACGAGGAAGAGCUUCAAGAACAUUUGUUAUCACUUAUUUCAGAUUGCCAAACCAUUUAUAAACAUUUAAAAAAAUUUUAUGAUAUUUCACGUCCAAUUGGUCUUAUACAAGUAUUAGGAGAUGCAUCGGGAAUGAUAUGCAUGCCUUAUCUUAUUGUAUUGUGCGUUCAAAAAAACGGAUCAGUUUUUAAUACGGAAACGAUUAGAUUCGUGUUCACUUUGGGAAUCGCUGGACUACAGUCGUACAUGUAUUGCAAUUUAUUUCAACUUGUAUCCGAUAAAAAAGAAGCAAUCAAUUUUGCUAUUUAUAGUUGUGACUGGACAAGAAUGAAUAUUCGUAUAAAAAAGCUCAUUUUAUUGUUGAUGCGCAUGAACACCGCUUGCGAUAACUUAAAACUGAAAGUUACACCGUCGAAAAAUAUCGAUCUACCGAUGCUUGCAAAUGUAAUCCGAUCGUCCUAUAGUAUAUUGUCGGUUAUUAUAAACAGGAAAAAUUAAAAAUGGAUAAUGUGUACCACAAUACAUUGCAUAACAGUUUAGCGCCAGCCGUUUCAGCCAUCAUCACAUAUGAUAUUGCAUUAUGAUAUUGCACGCGUGUCUUGUGCUCUGUUAUCGUUUGUGUUAAAUAUAAUUUUAA